GCAGCGGCUGGCCGUCUCUUUCCUGCGGUCGGCACCACCUCACCUGCAUUGGAGCCCGAGUUUUCCGGCAUGAGCCGGUGCACUUGCAGUGAUCUGCGCCGGCCGUCCUCCUGUCCCUGCUGUCUUGGCGCGCGGACGACCGUGGACGAAAACAAAAAAGAGAGAGUCCUGAAGUCUGGAAAAGUUAGCAUGUGAAAUGCAGUCCCGGGCCAACUGGAACAGCUCUUGAGAUCGAGAAUUAGAGCAGUUUGAACCAAAGGUUAUAAAGAAGAAAGCUCUGUUGUUUCUGUUACAAUGAAGUGUUUUAAUUGCAACCCUGAUCUUUCUGAGCUGGAAGUGGUGAAGCCUGAGGACAGUAGGAGAGGUUCCUACAGUCCUGUGUGUUUGGAACCUUCCUGUAAGGAUUGUGUUAGAAACCAAGAAAGGCUGUCUUUUGCCGAGUCACCAAUUAUGGGACAUGAUAACAAGGAAAACCAACGUGUACAAAACAUACUGGACAGUUCAAAAGAAACAGAAGAGCUAGAGGCCGGUAGACUGUAUGAAGACAGUGGCUACUCAUCGUUCACACAAAGUGACCCGGAGGAUGGCAUUCUUAUCCUGGAGAACUUCAGAAACAGUCCCCAGGCCCAUCGGCUGCCGUCGCAGAGCCUAGACCAGCAUCCCAACAAAAACCUGCUGCCUGUCCUGCAUUUUGAAAAAGUGGUUUGCUCAACAUUAAAAAAGAAUAGCAAGAGAAACUCUAAAGAAAUGCUGAAGGAAGUUAUCGCCAGUGAAAACUUUAGACUACAAAAUAUAAUUGGCAAGAAAAUGGGCCUGGAACACCUAGAUAUCCUGGCCGAGCUCUCCCGGAGGGGAUUUAAGCACCUGUUGGCUAAUAUUUUGACAAAGCUCAGUGGCAUGGACUUAAUAAGUCUGUCUAAAGUGAGCAGAAUUUGGAAGAAGAUACUGGAAAAUGACAAGGGAGCAUUCCAGCUAUACAGCAAAGCCAUGCGGAGAGUCAUUGAAAGCAGUAAAUUGUCACUACAUGCUACAACCAGAGGAUAUGUCGUGAGCAGACCUGCACUAACUUCUGUUCAAAAGUCAUCGACCUGGACACCCCCCAAAAAAGAUGUUCAAGUCAAGUCCUCUAGUGAGCGUGGUCAGAAAGGUUCUACGUACAGCCGGCACACCGAGUUCUUGGAGGUGGCAAAGACAUUGAAGAACAAUGAAAGCCUCAAAGCCUGUGUUCGCUGUAAUUUCCCAGCAAAAUAUGACCACUACUUAGAGCGAGCAGUCUGCAAACGAGAAAGCUGUCAAUUCGAAUAUUGUACAAAGUGUCUGUGUGCUUACCAUAACAACAAAGACUGUUUGAAUGGCAAGAUCCUAAAAGCCAGCUGUAAAGUGGGUCCUUUGCCUGGAACCAAAAAGAGUAAAAAGAACUUACAAAGACUGUGACCUUUUAGUAAUCCACUGUAGAUCUUAAGGGCUACUUAAAAAAAACCCAUUCAACUUUAACUUAAAAAGUAAAUAAUUAUGAUGCCUUUUGUGAAUGAAGGAGUUAAUUUUCCUUAAAUGCCAAGAUUGACUUAUAAAAACAAACUGAAUAUCUAUUUAUCUUAGAUACUAAGAUAAAAUUGACUGGACUUUUUGUCAAGGCAGGGCUGUGUGGUCUUUUGUAUGGAGUCUUGAACAUAUACUUCAGUGUUAGUAUGGGAAAAAUGCUUUACCAAAUUUGUAUCAAACUUAUCAACUUGUGUCUGUCGAUUUAAAUGUUUCUCAGUGUGAGCUGUUUUCUGUCUGUAAAUAUCUGUUUUCACGUGCCAAAGAAAAUAAAAAUAAAGUACACGUAAUUAUAUUUAGUUACAGUAAAA